CCGCGAUAAGAUCGCAAGUACCUAAUUAAUUACGUUUAAGGUGUAAAUUCUCCAGUGAUAUAUUUUAAAGUACCUCAUCAAUCGGUCACGCUUCCCUCCUCGUUUGUCGGGAAGUAUCGCAAUUGGGAGGGGGCGGUUGUUCCAAAAAAAAAAAACGUUCGGGUAAUUCGACGGUGAAAGUCGCAAAUACCCCGGCAGAGCAAAAACGUCAUGUGUCAACCUGUUGAGUCGCUUAAGAUUCAAUCCACCCAAAAUGAGCUUGAUUUUCCCGCCAAUCGCCGGAAAUACUCUGGUCGAUCGACUUUUGCACAAAUACUGGCGACGCUUAUUCAAAACUGGCUGCUAAUUGAGAUAGGGCUUGAUUGGGCCAUGCCUACAAUGGUAAUCGGCGCCCUCCACAAAAACCCCGCAGAAGCACUGAACAUGAAUGAUGACCAAGCAUCAUGGUUUGGGAGCAUUCCGUCCAUCUGCCAUCCUUUGGCGAGUCUCUCCUCUGGAUACCUGCAAGAGCUCCUCGGUCGAAAAACAGCCAUGAUCCUCGUCACCAUCCCGACGUUUGCCGCGUGGAUGACCCUGUAUUUCGCCCAGUCCAUCCAUGCGCUGUACGCGGUUGCCGCCAUCAUGGGCCUAUGCACCGGGCUCACCGAAGCCCCUCUCCAUUCUUACAUCGGCGAAAUCGGGGAACCGCACCUCAGGGGAACCCUUUCGACCAUCUCACAAUCGGCUGGUUUCAUAGGUGUUUUCAUGAUGUACGCUUUCUGUUACAUUUUUGAUGACUGGAGAACGAUUGCUUUGAUCUGCAGUGUAUGCCCGGUGAUAACUUUUACAACAAUGACCCAGAUACCCGAAUCUCCAACGUGGUUGAUAGUGCGAGAUAGGUUAGAUGAUGCCAGAAAGUCGUUGUGUUGGUUAAGAGGCUGGCUCAAACCGGAGGAAGUAGAGGAAGAGUUCCAAGCUCUCAGGAACCACGCGAGAAAGUCCGUGAACGCUUCAAAUGAUCCCGAAUUGAUCGAUGAUGGACCACAUAUCAGGAAAAGUGGAUAUUUGAGAAAACAAUUCAAGGAGAUGGCGAGCAGGAAGGUCCUGCUUCCUCUUCGGAUGGUCUGCAUCGUGUUCGUCAUCAGCGCCUUCGCUGGCUACAGCGGCAUCAAACCAUACUUGAUCGGCGAACUGAAAAAAUUGGACAUUCCUAUAGAUUCCAAGCUGGUUUUGAUAGCUUUCCAAGUGCUAGUUUUCGUCGGUGCGAUGUUGAAUGUGGUGUUCUUGCGCCGAUUUGGGAAGCGGAAAUUGGCUCUUCUUUCCUACGGAAUUCUGGCUUGCUGCAUCCUUGGUAUCGCGGCAUACCGAUCUUUUCUCCAAGGCUCAGAGCGCUUCCCCCAGUUAGCCUGGCUCCCGGUGAUAUUUUGGCUUACUUUGGGGCUUUUCGGAGGACUUGGCCCAGCACUUCUCCCUUGGCAGUUGGUCUCCGAAGUCUUCCCCAUCGUAGGUCGGGGUCUGGCGAGCGGUUUUUGUUCCGGUUGGAAAUAUGUGGUGGCGUUCUUUCUGGUCAAAACGUUCCUGUACAUCGAGGCUUGGAUAGGUCUCAGCGGAGUGACGUACCUCUACGGAAUUGGAGCCUCUCUCGGUGUCGUCUACCUUUACUUCUUGCUGCCCGAGACGGAGGGAAAAUCUCUCGAACAGAUCGAAUCUUAUUUCACCGAUAAUCAUGAUCCAAAGGAAAAAUUUUCCAUCGGAAAGUGAAAAUACUCAAUGGAAGUCAACAAGACCAAGAAUUACUCUUCGAUCACCCGAUCGGUGGAUUCACUAACAACUGUAUCAGACGAAGGAAUGGGUCAGUUGCGCUGGUCACAGAAUCAUGUUUUAAUGCUUUAUUCUUGCAGAUCGACUAAAAAUAAUAAGAUCUGUCCAAACAGCAACUUUCUACGUUGGAUAUUAACCGAGAUAGCGCGCCUUGAAAAGCUCGA